GUCUGUGUAUUUUUUGCCAACACCUUGGCUGCAUUUUCCUUGGUCAAUCAAUUGUCUGACUUUUCAUCCGUUAAUAAAUUGCAAUCUGUGUGGGUCUGAGCAGAGUAGAUGCAUCCCAUUUUUUUUAACCCUCUGUAUGUCGCCAACCCCCCUCGGACUGAGUAUGAUGCUUGUUUUUCUUCGAGGGGGGCGGGGAGGGGUGGGCAAUUGCAAUCCAUCUAAGCAGGUUAUGAUCAAGCGUAGCGGACACAUGCAGUUCUGCGACCAUGGGUCGUUCGGCGACUUUUCGUGCGUCAGUGGCGAGGUUCCGCGAGAAACGGUUUUGAGUUUGGCACAUACAGUGAUGGUUGCGUGGGCAGAGGCGACUGUGCGGAAAGUGGACAUCUCCUCUUUGUACCUGUCACAAUGGUGCGAGAUUCAGGGGAACAAAAGUUUGAUCGAGUUCCAUGUCAAGCUACCUGCUGUGAAUGCGCACAACGAAAAAAUACGAUUUUCAGAGAAAGGUAGCGCAGCGCAAGGUGCCACACAGUCAUUCUUCUGAAACAGGUCAGGCCACAUCCAUCUCUGGUGAACUAUGCGAUCGUAGAAUGCGGGGCAAAUUCGCGUAUGUUGUAUUUUGGGGGACAUAAACCAGGCCAUCAUGGGGAUUUUUAUCUAUCCUGAAUGGACACAUGUGGAGUAUGAACUGAAGCAUGAACGAAGGCAAAGGAAAGCAGAGAGUGUCGGCAGAGGCUGCUAGUAGUUCGGGUAUUGCAGGGUCUGCGAUUUUUGUCAGGCCGGUCAGUUUGUGGUGCAGAAGCCCUCCCUCUAUGGGAUUUGUGUGUGCCUAUGGCAAUUGCAAUUUGUGUUUGAAGCCGGCGCAGCAGCCCCUCUGUGUGAAGGCUGUUCGGUACAGUAUACACCUUGCAAGGUGAAGGGCCUUUCGGUAGCGCUACAACGCCGCGUGGACCCUGCACCUGCCGACAGUCAUGUUCCGUUAUGGCCAUUAUGUUUGGGUUGGGCCUUGCCUCUAGAGAGACCUGUAAUCGAAGAGGGAGGUGUCAGUUUGAAAAUUCACAAUUGAAUUUGGAACCAUGGUAGAAGUUUGAAAUCUUCUCCUUCAAGCUGAACUGGAAGACCAUACCAGUUGCUUGCCACCUUGGUGGAAGUUCGAACUCUCGUUCAAUGUGUGUAUGGAGCGGACGAUUCAUUGCAGCGCUCUUCAAAUGUUCUCGCACGUUCUGGCAGGGGAAUGGGAUAGCUGGAGUUAUGAUUUGCAGUGACUGGGCAUGAGUGUGAAGUCACAAAUGGGUCCAUUCAAGAACAAAUGAGUUACUUGGGCCUGACCAAUUGGAAGUUUUGGGUAUUCCAUUGAACAUGGAGUCGUCGCAGUGCGCAGAUGCUGCAGGUCUCUGUGGGCUUGAGCUCCUGGCUAUGAUGAUGGACAAUUUUGCACUUUUUGAUUUAUCCUACGGAAAAUCGGCUGACAUGAAGAGCAUAUGCAUACAUACAGCUCCCCUUCACCAUUUUUCUCAGUUGCCAGAGUUUUCCAGUCAUUGCAGCAGGUCCCAUCUGACCCUGGAACAAUGCCCGAUCCGAGAGGGACUAGGUUGUCUGUCCCCGGUUCCAGGCUAUUGUGAUGCAACAAGUGCACGUGAAGAGAGGUCUAAGGGCAGGGAGGAGUUGCACGAACAUUAAUUGCACAUUUCCCAGAUCUCAUUAUGGAUCCAUCUAUUCCAGGGACUAGGUUGUCUGUCCCCGGUUCCAGGCUAUUGUGAUGUAACAAGAGCACGUGACGAGAGGUCUAGCAGCAGGGAGGAGUGGCACGGACAUUAAUUGCACAUUGGGAGGAGAGAGGCCGGGCUGAAGUAUGAGAAUAACCACUCAGAGGUGGGGUUGGAUGUCAAGGGUAUUCUCUGUGAACACUCUUGUUGCAUAGUCGUGAUCCUAGUGGAAAGGUCCUGUCCCAUGGGCCAGCGGGCUUAUGUCCCAUUAAGCUAGUUCCAGGGUGAGAUGGGAGCUGUACUGGUUGACACUGUUUGCACGCAGGAGGCUUUUCAGUAUGUCGACGGGUUAAAGUACUUGUCACGAUGGCGCAGAGCCUCUCCUUUCCACAAGGAUUCAGAUUUACUGAUCCUUCCUUGUCGAGUGAUCCCGGAAUUCCAGAUUGACGCAGUUUCUGGAAGGAGUGGUUUCGAGUGCGGUCGGUCCCAACAGGAUGGACAGGAAAGGAGAUUUUUAUGGGCGGUUGCGGGAUUGAAAUGAGAUAGAGUUGCUGGCUUGGCGAGCUGGUCGCGGCAACACAGCAGGAACUGAAGGACCAACGAAGCAUGAUUGACCUUGGAACAGGAACUACUAAAGAAAGCACCAGUGUCCCAGGGUCCCGUGGCAUGUGUGGUAUGAGUGGACGUGCCGGGGUCAGCAACGCAUCUGGGUGUGACGACAAGUCGUCAUAUGAAGAAGAGCUAUGACUAUAAGACCGCGGCCGUCAUCGGUUCAUCGGUUCUCGAUCGGUUUUCCCUUUCUUCUUUUUUUUUACAGGAGUGCCUCGAAGUCGAUGUUGGGGCUGGUGAUCGUAGGUCGAAGCCGUAUUCCUUGGUGCAAAAGCAAGUCUUUUUUUUUUCCGAGAUACUAGUAGUUUCAUAAGGCAAAGUCGUCUUCUUAGAUGCAAAAGGGCUUGAUCCUCGAUGGCAGAGUACAAGGCAUCUUGUGAAGGGCCAGACCAGCGAAAAAUAGAGAAGAGAACAGAGUAAGACAUUCUUUAGGCGAUUGAACUGGUGGAUGGGGAGGGUUUUUGACGAGUGCUGCUUGCGGGGAUAAUCUUGAGCGUCUAUCUGAUUCCACCUUUUGGGUGAUAUUGCCUGGCAGCAAAUCUAUGUAUGGGUAAUAAGGUCUUGGCUGGCAGGCGAUCUCUUUGGGGCUGGCGAGCGAUCUAUCGGAUGGUUCAUGGUAUAUUAGGUAAUAAACCGAACAGCCGUGGAGGAGCACUCUGUGUACCUAAUACCAUGAAGCUUCGGAUAGAUCGCUCAGCCCCGAAGAGAUCGCUCACCUUGUGUCCUGGCUUUGAGUGUGUGAGUUUUCCUGUGAACCUUGGGAACCGUUGAACAAACGGUUGUUGUCCCUUGUGCGACUGAACAGAGCAUGCACUCCUCUAGUAGUUUUUUUAGAUUGACCGCUCACCUUGUGUCCCGGCUUUGAGUGUGUGACGGACUUCCUCGUGCACAGGGAAAAUGAGAGAUGGCUUCCGUGCACUGAAGACGAGGCGGAGGUUGUGGCGUUGUGAGAGAGCCGACUGCAGCAGCGAUGUACUCCUAUGGCGUCGAUGAGCAUCUCUGCUUAUGCGUGCCAUUGCGCUGGUAGCACGCACGAUAGGGCCCCACGACAGUCUUCGCGCAUAAGGGGUUGGCUUACUGUGACAAAUUGACAAUACUUUACUUUUGUCAUUGGUUUUACUUGGUUGAAUCAUUGGAAGCCAAUGGUCACCAGAGUACUCAGUACAGUGACGAAAGCAUUACUUCACCACUAGGGGAUCAUGUCCUCAGGAUGUGGUGACUGAUGAUAGUCAUUUUUCCUCUCAAGCAGAUGAGAUAAGGCAGCAAGAAGAACCAGGGGAAAUUGGGCAACGACCUUACCCGCCAAUGUGGUCGUAGUCAUGGGGGGUGUUUUUGGGUGGAUUUUAGGGGCUUGUGCUGUACGGACUGUGUGGGGGCUUAUGGGCUCAUUUGCUGUGUGUAUAUUCGUCUCUACAUCCCUACUACUACGAAGUCGGAAUAUG